AUGAGUCAAAAAGGGUUCAAGAACUUGGAAGAUGUCAAGGAUGACGUUUCCACACUAGUUGAUGACAAUCAAGAUGCUGAUGUUCCCGCUACUGUAAUGUAUAUGCCUGAUGAGGGAACGUUUGGUAAUGAUUCGACUACAUUAUUUGAAGGGCAAGGUGGGCUGUCUUCAGGUACGCUAUUCAACAAUAAAAAGAGACAAGGAUUAAAUGCGUCUAUUCAACAACUUAAUUAUAAUGAAAAUAAGAUUGCUUUAGAUAGGACGAUAAAUCAAACUGUUGAAUUGUUGUAUGAGUUAUCAAAUGAAAAUAAGGAACGUCCUAUAUUUUAUCCCACCGAUACUGAAGAUGAUUCAAGUAUAUUAUUGAAUUCUCCUAGGGCACAUUUAGCUCUUGUUAGAAAUAAUCUGACUACAUCUGCAAAGACUUUAAGUAAGGCUAAAAUACCUACUAAUUUUGAAGAUGAAAAAGUACCAGACUUCAAAGUUUUGAAAUUAAACGUUAAAAUGGGUCAUAAUAAUCAAAACAAUGAUAAUUUGGUUAAAAAUUUAGACAAGACUUCUCUUGCCACCUUGCUAGAACAAAAAUUGCACCAGCAAGUUAAAUAUUUGCUCAAUUUAAAGGAUAGGGUUGACGAUACUUCAUCGAAGGUUUUUGUUACCGGUGAUUUAAACGCUGGUAAAUCCACAUUUUGUAAUGCCUUAUUGAGAAGGAAAAUCUUACCGGAAGAUCAACAACCAUGUACUUCAGUUUUUUGUGAAGUAAUUGAUGCAACAAAGGAAAAUAAGGGGGUUGAAGAAGUUCAUGCAGUUUGUAUUGGACGUGAUUACAACAUUAGGGAUGAAUCAUCUUAUGAAUUACAUGCUCUAAACGAGUUAGAAGAUUUAGUUUAUGAAUGUGAUAAAUAUAAACUAUUAAAGGUUUAUGUUUUAGACCAUCGUUCAUUAACCGAAAGUUUGUUACAUAAUGGUGUUAUUGAUAUUAAGUUAAUUGAUGCUCCUGGUUUGAAUAUGGACCUGUAUCAAACUACCCAAGUGUUCUCAAGACAAGAAGAGAUUGAUUUAGUUGUGUUUGUGGUUAAUUCAGAGAACCAUUUCACUUUAUCAGCGAAGGAAUUUAUUGCAGCAGCCGCAGCGGAGAAGAGAUAUGUUUUUAUUGUGGUUAACAAGUUUGAUAAUAUUAAUGAUAAAAAUAAGUGUAUGUCUAAAAUUUUGGAGCAAAUUAAAAGUUUAUCACCCGAUACUUAUAAGAAUGCAAAAGAAUUUGUUCAUUUUGUCAGUUCUUCAGAGGCAUUGAAUAAUUUCCCAGAUGGUGGAGAUGGAGAUGGAGGGGAUGGAGAUGACGACAACAAAAAUAAUAAAGACAAUCCAGACUUUGAUAAUCUAGAAGCUUCAUUGAGAAAGUUUAUAUUGGACAAAAGGGCAAUCUCUAAGCUAUUGCCAGCCAAAAGUUACUUAAUAAAUUUGCUAAAUGAUUUGCAGUCCUUGUCAAAAAUAAACGAAAGAAUAUAUGUUCAAGAAAAGAAAGACAAGAUAAUUGAGUUGAAUAAUCAGAUUGCCCCUAAAUAUGAAGAAAUUUUACGGCUGAGUGUUAAAAUUAAUGAUUCCAUUAAUAACUUAGUAGAAAGAACUUGCACAGAGAUUUAUAAUUAUACGAAGAACGAAAUUUUGACGACCGUCAAUGAAUUUGGUGACAAUCAAGUUGUUCCAUACGAAGGAUUACAAUACAUAUAUGAAUAUGCCAUGGAAACACAGAGAGUGAUGAUUGAAACAAUACUUUCAGCAGUUAGUAAUAGUGAAAGUCAAGCAAAGAAUAUUACUAGUACAAAAGUGGAGGAAAUAAUCAAAUUCGGGAAGACAACUUUGGGGGAUGAAUUUUUGCAUGAUAAGGUUUUCAAACCCGAUUUGAUGUUUACUAGAAGACGUGAUACGAUUAAGAAAAAUUUAAAUGAUCUGAUUGAAGUUAGUGAUUUUUUUGAUCCAUCCUGGGAGUCCUGCUUAAUGUGGUUAGGAAUACCAAAAGAAUUUGUGUCAAACACUAGACUGCAAUUAAGUUUUUACAAAUCAUCGAAUUUAAUAUCCAAUUUACCUUCUGCUAUGUCAUUGAAGAAUCAAUUACCCACGCAACUAACAUUACAUACAUUAUAUUCUUCAACGAAGUUAUUAACAACAGGUGCUUUAAUUCGUAAAUUAUAUUCUGUAUCCCAUUUAAUCAAACCUUCGCUUUUGAAAAAAUUUGCUGGACCUAUAUUAUUGGGUAUUACUGGUUUUACUGUUUAUUACCUAGUAAAUGAUAUUCCUAAUGCUUUUCCAAGAAAACAAGCUCGGAAGAUAAAAAAGCAAAUUUUUGAUAUGGACUAUCCUCAUAUCAAUGCCGAUAGAGUAUCAAAAGAAUGUAGACAAGUUCUUAAUUAUCCAUCUAGACAAGUUAUGAAUAAUUUUCAAACUAGUAUUGACAAAAGAUUAGGCGAGAAGGAAACAUUGGAAAAGUGUAUUAAGGAUGCUGAACUAAGCUCCGGGUAUUUUGAGAAGUUAUUAGGUAAGAUCGAUUACCAAAAGCAGCUUGUUGAUGAGAUAGACUUAGAAAGUUUAAACACAGUUGAUUAA